GCGACGUUUUCAGUACAUUUUAAGAUGGCGACGGUGCAUCUGAGAAUCGGGGAUUUGGUAUGGGGGAAGCUCGGACGCUAUCCGCCUUGGCCAGGAAAGAUUGUAAGUCCACCAAAGGACUUGAAAAAGCCAAGGGGCAAAAAAUGCUUCUUUGUGAAGUUUUUUGGAACUGAAGACCAUGCCUGGAUAAAGGUUGAACAGCUAAAACCUUACCACCCCCACAAAGAAGAGAUGAUCAAGAUAAACAAGGGCAAACGCUUUCAGCAGGCCGUAGAUGCGGUGGAGGAGUUUCUAAAGAAGGGCAAAGGGAAAGACCAGUCCACAGAAUCGAAAGGCCGAAAAGCUCCAGCCAAGCCCAUGAAGAUCAUUGAAGAGGACGACGAAGAUCCUUUCAAGGGGGGCUCGUCUGACAAAGAGUUAACUGACUCAGACCCAGAGCCAUCCUCCGCCCAGCGUCUGGUCGCGGGAACAGUCUCAGGAUUCAAGUGGGAGAGCAGUCCAGUUAAGGAUGACCCACAUUUCCACCACUUUCUACUCAGCCAGUCUGAGAAGCCUGCUUCAUCCAUUGAACCCAUCAGCAAACGUCUUAAAAUCAUCGAGGAGGAUACAGGGUCCACCUCUAUUCAGGCAGCUGACAGCACCGCACUGAACGGCAGCAUCACGCCCACAGAUAAAAGAAUAGGUUUCCUUGGUCUGGGGCUUAUGGGCAGUGGAGUAGUCUCAAACCUCUUAAAGAUGGGGCAUGUUGUUACAGUGUGGAACCGCACAGCUGAGAAGUGUGACCUGUUCAUCCAGGAAGGCGCUCGGUUAGGGCGGACGCCAGCAGAGGUUGUGUCCAUGUGUGACAUCACGUUUUCCUGCGUGUCAGACCCAAAGGCUGCUAGAGAUCUGGUGCUGGGCCCUAGUGGGGUGCUGCAGGGGAUCAGGCCAGGCAAAUGCUACGUGGAGAUGUCCACCAUAGACCCCGAGACGGUCGCAGAGCUAUCACAGGUGAUCACAUCCAGAGGUGGGCGUUUCUUAGAGGCACCAGUAUCAGGCAGCCAGCAACUGUCAAACGAGGGCAUGCUCGUGAUCCUCGCCGCCGGAGACCGCUCGGUCUACGAAGACUGCAGCAGCUGUUUCCAAGCCAUGGGCAAAACCUCGUUCUUCUUAGGUGAGGUGGGCAAUGCAGCGAGGAUGAUGCUCAUUCUCAACAUGGUCCAAGGAAGCUACAUGGCCACCAUCGCCGAGGGCCUGACCUUAGCUCAAGCCACCGGCCAAUCACAACAGACCUUCCUAGACAUCCUCUGCCAGGGACAGAUGGCCAGCUCCUUUGUGGACCAGAAAUGCCAAAAUAUCCUACAAGGCAACUUCAAGCCUGAUUAUUACCUGAAACACAUUCAGAAAGAUCUCCGGCUAGCAAUCUCAAUGGGUGACUCUGUAAAUCACCCCACACCAAUGGCAGCGGCUGCUAAUGAGGUCUACAAAAGAGCAAAGGCGUUGGACCAGUCAGAUAAUGAUAUGUCUGCCGUCUACCGGGCCUACAUUCACUAGGCUCCCGAAGACGAACUCAAAACGUUGGACCACACUUUUUUUUUUUCUUCUAAACUCCUGUAUCUCUUCAUUCUGAUCUAUUUCAUUUUUCUAUAUAUUUCUUUUCCAGUUGGUUAUGAAUUUUACCAGGCUCCGAGUGAGCAUUUCUUCCCAUGUGGUUGUGGGAGCUCUGUUGCAAGCUACUGUGAGCAUUGCACUGACUUUGAUGUUGCUACCCCUAAAGCUCAGUGUGGGGUAAUUCACACGUUUUUCUGAUUCUAUUCCUUUUUGGUGGUGAAAGAGAACGAUGUUUUUAUUUUGAUUUGUGGUUUUUUUUUUUUUUUUUUUUUUUUUUUUGGGGCUGUAACACAACACACUGCAUCUGUCUGACGCAAAAUUUUGUUUUUCUUUUAUUUAUCAUUCGUAGCACCACAUUUUAAAAAGAUAUCUAUAUUUAAUACCAAGUAUAUUAUUUGCAACGAAUGUUCAGAAUUCCGUAGAUUAUUAAGGUGUUGGGUUUUUUGUUGGUUGUGGCCUGGGAAAAAAGCACCAAGAAAAUGCUCCUGCAUUGCCUUAAUAACAGAGCCCAAAAAAUGACAGAUAUAUUUAUUUAUUUUAUUGCUGAGGAUUCCAGUCCUUUCUUUGGUGUGUUUUGCCCAUUUAAUGUUUUUGCAUCACAGUUUUGAAGAGGACAAAUAAGGGUAGGUGGAUGGGCGAUUUCCAAUGCCUUAUAACAAAGUAAUGUACUUUAAGAUGCAGUAACACAAAAACCUGAGUGGAUUUAUCAGUCUAACAAUAAAUCAAAAGCCUAUCUGUUCUGUCAAUAGCGUGUGUAUCUAUGAAGCAAGCAAAAUCAAUUAACCUGAUUAAGUUGACCUGUAAGUGACAUUGCGACCAAGAAGUUAAAGCCAGUGUAAAGUUCUUUGAGGUUGAGGAACUGUGUUUGGACGUUGGUAAUGCACAGCAGUGGUGCGUGUCUGUUUACUACAGAAUUAAUUUUGGGCAACUCGAUAGGCUAAUGUGAGCAUGCAUGUUUUUGUUUUUACAAUUUUAAGCUGAUGAAUUCUAUACGUCAGUCAUAAGUAAGGUUUGUUUUCCAAUUUUAAUGACCGAGUCAGACAUGCAUAGAUGAAUGCAUACUUUUGCCUUAACUGUUUCUUUAUUGACUUUUGUUUGUUUGUUUGUUUUUGUUGGCUUUGGCGGUUGGGGAAAAUAUCUGGCGAAGGAAAGGGUCUGGUCAUUUAAAUGAAACUCAUGAAUCUAUCUUGUCAGGGCAAGUACUGUGAUCCUUUAUGUUUUAUCUGACUAUUCCUUUAGCAUAUUAAAUGUUUGAUUUUAAUGCAAGCUUCAUUUUUAUGUCUCUGAUCAAUCACUUUGGAAAUUAAGUUGCCUAUUGAAGACUGUAAUCAGACGAUCCUAGUUUUGCCAAAAAAGGUGAAUGGUGUGUUUGGUUGAGAUGGUGAGUUUUUUUAUUUUUGUUUUAAGGUGAAUGGCAAAUAAGUGAAAUGUGUAUAUAGUCCCCACGGAUUAAUUAUUCAAGGGAUAUUUGAGGAUAUUCAGACUUUCAUUUGGGCUUUAAUGAGUUUAUUAAUCAACUGCUAUCUUAAUAUUGUAGUUUGUUUUCUUGUGUUAGGUCAAAAUCCUGUAAAUGGUUAAUUAAGACGUGCUUUCAGACUUGCUAUUGACAUGUAAAAAAGGAAAAACAAAUCAAGACUUCAUCCAAUUUGUGUAACAGAUAAAGCUGUUCUAAUCUGAUAUUUAUGAUUUGAUGUAAAUGUGAAAAUGUUCUCUUUUUUUGUGCAGUUCAAUGAAUCCUCUUCUGAUUAAAGAAACAGAGUGAUAAACUG